GCUACCGGUGGCCAGCGUCGAGGAGUCCAUCGACAAGUUCAUGAACGAUGCGCACGCGUUUUCCUGCGAGUGCUCCGAGGCGCUUGAGAUGGCGAUACGCAGAACGCCUGGGACAUUGCCGCACUCGAGGCAGAAUUUGUCCGAAGCUUGGCGGCGCGAGCUCGCCAAUAAGAUGCACGAGGUCGCGCCCUCGACUUCGAGGUCGGCAGCAAUCCCUGGCCCCAUCCACGGCUUGAGGCUGAUGGCGCUGGAUCGCAGGGCGGCUGCGCCAGACGCCACGGCCCUGGCCGCGUGCGCGCGGCGCACCCCUACCCACGGGUCGAAGGUGGUGGCCGCCGUGGACAGUUCUCGUGAGCGCAUGCACCGAACGAUGCGCGGCGACGCCGAGGAUGCAGCCAAGUCGAGCGCUGAGGAGGGGAACGUCGCAGCGGUUGCUGCGGAGCCACGACGCCUGCGAUUGCUCGGAGUUCGGGUCGCAACGUUGGCGCUUUCGGAACUCCUGGCGGCUCGCCCUGAAAGCCAUGUGCCCGAGGAGCGCUGGGUGCAGCCGCAGGAAGCUGCUCAAG